AUGUGGAACCACAUUGAAAAACUUUCAGGGAUAAGAGCUACAAUUGAAAGGGUACAGAACCCUUACCUCUGGCAAUCCUAUCAAGUCAAGAAAAAGGAAAUAGAUACACAAAAUGGCCAUAAAAACAACGAGAAGGUCCUUUUCCAUGGGACUCCCCGUUCCACACUGGUGCAAAUUUAUCAGACUGGCUUUAACCGCAGUUAUGCUGGAAAGAAUGCUGCAGCGAUUGGUAAUGGGACCUAUUUUGCCGUCAAGUCAAACUAUUCUGCACAGGACACGUAUUCCACUCCAGACCAAAGUGGCAGAAAAUAUAUGUAUGUUGCACGUGUUCUGACUGGAGAUUAUUGCAUUGGCAGAUCAGGACAGAUUAUACCACCAUCCAAAAAUAAGGCUGGAUUUGAUUUAUAUAACAGUGUAACUGACAACAUGAAUCGACCAUCCAUGUUUGUUAUUUUUCACGAUGCUCAGGCUUACCCAGAAUAUCUAAUUACUUUUAGAAGAUAAGUUAACAGGCAAAAAGAUUAUUUCUCUUUCCUGUCACAUUAAAAGCAAGUAAUUUGUAUGAAC